AUGGAAGUCAUUUCAACCCAGAAGUUUAUUCUACUUGCUUUAGCUACAGUGGUCUUUCUAACAUCGAAUAGUAUGUGCCUAGAUGAACUGAUGAAGUCCAGUCUGCAGGGCAGAGAAGAUGAUGAUGAUAAAUAUUACAAGAUUAAAGACAAUGCCUUGGAAGAAAAACAGAGGAGCCUGAAUUUUGAAGAAAUGAAAGACUGGGGAUCAAAAAAUAUCAUUAAAAUGAACACUCCUACAUUAAACAAAGUGCCAAAUUCAGUUGCUAAUUUACCUCUUAGGUUUGGAAGAAACUAUCCAGAAGAAAGAAGCAUUAAACCAAUUGCUAAUUUGCCUCUGAGAUUUGGAAGAGCUUUUGGAGAGAAUCUACCUAGGCAUGCUCCAAAUUUAUCACAGAGGCUUGGGAGAUCUCCACUUGUUAGAAGUUCCAUUCAAUCACUUCUUAAUUUGCCACAGAGAUUUGGGAAGUCACUGCCUGUCAGUCUGGCUCAAGGUGUCCAGGAAUCUGAACCAGGGAUAUGAAUUUUAACAACUACAUUAAUAUCGGAAUCAGA